UUAUGUUCCAUAUGAUCCAAACAAGUGGUAGCGGUUAAAGACAAAAAUGUUCUGCCUGCAGAAUUUGCAGCACAAGGCCAAGGGGCUAUUGAUCGGACCUUUCUAUUUGCUGGCAACCAAUCUCCUAAGCCUCUUGCUUCCCCUCUCAUUUCUCCUUCUAGCCAGGGUCUCCUGUGCCCAUUACCUCUUUGCCUCCUAUUUUCACUUCUCUUUUUUUAUGUACACAAGCCCAGUUGUUCUCUAUGUUCUUGUUUCAACUAUUAGCAUCGCCACUUUUAUUCAUGGCUUGACAGGUAAAAUUCUAAGCGAGUCGCCUGGUCAUCAUUUGUACUUAGCCUGGAUACUCCUUUGUUCGUUACAAAUUUGUGUUGGAUUGGGGAUUGAAGGCAGCAUAGCGGUUGGUGUUAAUGGGUCUAGUUUUGGUUUUGAGAGAAGUUUGUUCAUCAGAGUAAUAUUCUUCUUGGGUUUGCAUCAAACCAUGCAUCUUUGGUUUAGAACAGUGGUGAAGGCAGUGGUUGAUGACACAAUGUUCGGGGCUUCAAAAGAGGAGAGAUGGGUGGAGAAAGUGGGGAUGGCUUUAACUUUUUGUGGCUUGUGGUGGUGGAAUUUGAGGGAUGAAGUUGAGUCUCUGGUGGCUGUGGCUGAGACUAAAAAAGAUUUGUUAAUGAGUGUAGGGGUGGCUGACUCUGUUGGCUGGUGGUUGUAUUACCAGACCGCCACCAUUGGCAUGGUUAGGCUUGUUAAGGGUCUACUUUGGCUUGGAAUGAUGGUGAGAAGAAAUUCAAUUACUCACCCUUGCGAUGUUGAAGACAAGGUCUAAAUACAACUUGAUUUCUUUUUCUUCAAGUAUUCAUCUGGUCAACAAUUAUAUUGUAUACUUUCCUACAAGUUGUAAACUUAUACCAGAGGUUUAUUAUAUUUUUUUUUAUUAAUAUAUUGUAUGCUUCGAAAGGA